CAUGCUCGUCCUCAGAGCUCAGUCAGCAUUUGACUCAGUAGUGGCAGCAGGGGAUCUAGGAUUUCCACUUGUCAGUUUUACUCCCCGAUACCGAAAUCAAGUGCAUCCCCUCAGCUAAAAUGUCAAAGUUGGAUCAGGUCCUCAUUCUCGACCCUCCCGCCGACCUCAGAUUUAAAGGUACGUACAUCUCAAAUUUGUUGACGUGUGCUGAAAUGUCCAGGUGGUGGAGAAUUACCUGACUGUAAAGAUUUCACACUCCCUCCAGCGAAUUUCAUUGCUAGCGAACUAGCUAGCAUUCACCGCCAUUUUAAGUUAGCCAGGGACGGGAAGGGCCGCUGAAUCCUCGCGCUGUAGUGACGUGGAUAGCCGGCGUGGCGUGCCCCUCCGCCGGCUGCCAUUCAUGCUCAGCUCCCCCUGACAACACCCAGCGAAGCGGUGAAGGAAGGAGAGGCAGCUGUCAGUGUUUGUAAAAACAGAAUUACAGAGAGCAGAAGGAGUGUGUUUACUGGAGCUCUGAGUGUAGCAGCAACAUGAGCUCCUGCUAAAGGUGUUAGCAACAGCAAACUGUUGUUUCCUCAGGGCUCAGCCUAGUCCCUGACAUGUAACCGCUCACAACCCGGACUUCACAGGGAAGGGAAUCAACUUUAUUCGUGGUUAAUAAAGCCUCAAACCUCACACACCUCCGGCUCACUCUCCCCUAUGUCUAGCUUAUGGAGUAACUGACAGCUGAUAUGACAAACUUUAUCUACAACAGUUUUAGGGAACAUUUGGUUCAUCCCUCCUGUAGCUAACCCAUUAUUCUGUAUAUCAGGUAAAUAAUGUCGAUGGAGAUGUUUCACAGGGAACCAAAGUCAUCCACACACAUUAAAGGGCCACUGAUUGCUCUCCUGUUAGUGAUAAGGUACAAUGAUGUGUCAGGGUGCUGUUGGCUGAUCACAGCUGUGCUAUCUUGCUAAUGCAAAAGUUGAUAUGCAGCUAAACUGUUAGCAGCAUUCCUGUACUGAACUGGCUGGUUUUUCAGGGAUGCAAGUGUGUCUAAGAUGUUAAAAACAUGACAACUGAGCCAGCUGUUGAUCCCAAUAUUAAUAUACUGCAUUAUUAAUCAAGUGUAGCCUCAUCUCUUAAAUAUGCUCUCAUUGAUUCGCAAAUAUAACUUUGUUAAAGUCAUUCACACCUUGAUUAAACUAUUUCUCUGGGAGGCAAAAGUUCAAUUAUCCUAACCAAGUAUAUCACUCACCCCAAAGCCAAACAAAACCUUCUUCUUUCUGCAAACUAAAACACUGUUAGAUUAAAUAUUGAGAUAAAAUUACAAUGCUAAAACAGGUGCUAUAUUGUCUAUUUAAACAAUAUUUACAGUAAGAUUAAACAGCUCAAUGCAACUGCUGCUGUUCCUUAUUGCAAAAUCAUCUGUUACCUGUGGACAGGAUCAAUACUGUCUGACACUGAUACUCAUUAUACACCAGUGCAUCCCUGCAGGUUCUCCAUUUUUUGCACCCUUGUGACAAACCUUCAGGUGUUAUUUAACUUGGUUGCAUUUGUAUGAUUUCCACAGUUGCUUUGUUAUUAAAAGGCAGUAGAGUAUGAGGUAAUAGUAAAACUUCAUUGUGCUGAUGCGAGUAUUAGUUUCACUGUACUUUAUCUGCCAAGGCCUUCCUCUCAUAAAACAAUUCCCUCAAUCUGUUACGACUAUCAUUCACUCGGAGCCAGAAGUCCUCUCUGUAUUUCGCGUAUUCGUCCCAGUUUCUCGCUCUGUCUCUGCUAAAAGCAUUGUUGUCAAUGAGGCACUGUUUUAUUCUUACUGAAUGCACCACUGUCAGUAAAGCAGGGAUCUUUUCGUGCAUUGUCUUGCUGAUCUAAAAGGCUGAUUGUUAGUUAGGACUAGGUAUGAGAUACUACUGAUUAUAAGCAGGACUUGACAGGAUUGUCACAAAGGUCAGCGGUUCAGAUACCAGAGUAACCAGACACAGAGAUGUUUUAGUCCUGAGGUGUCCCGUGUAAAAUUGAUUGUUCAUGUUUUAAUACACCAUUACACAGCUCAAAUCCUCCUGCCUGAUAGCGCCACAGGAUGGGAGGAAGCCGGAACGUUGUAUGUUGAACUCAUAACCUCUGAUUAGUCUCUUUUACUGUCAAACUUUUAUCUGAUGCACUUAAAAGUUUUAAAGAUGACAUGCCGCUGAAAGCAGUUCAAACAACAACAAAACUCACAGAGAGCUUGAUAUAUACCUUGCCAGCUGAAAUGCAAAAUGUUUGACAGUGUUGACUUUUAUUUUUAGAGUCUUUGUGGUUCAGCUUGUUUAGAGAAAUAGUAAGACUGGUUGUUGAUUUUGUUUUUAACUCUUAACUCAUGAGAUUAUCCUCAAACUCCGUGCAGAAGAUGCACUUUAUAUUACUUUUUAUCAUCUAAAAAGUGCAACCAGUAUAUCAGCAUAUAUGCAGAGAGAGUUUUUAUUUCAUCAUGCUAGAAUAUUUCUCCCAGGAGGUGGCACUCAAAGAAGCAACCAGUGGCUUCCCUGUGCAAAAACAGAAAUGCGGAUCAGUCUAGCUGCACCACUUUUAGAUACCGAUCCCCUCAUUAGGUUGUAAUCAUGCAUCUAAAGGUAAUGGUGGAAUCCCAUUUUGUAAAUAAACCUUUUGGAGUGCUGGUUUGAUCGUAAGAGUCUUCAAUUUAAAACAACCGUUGGGCAGAGGAAGGAGAUGCAAGUCUCAGAGGAUUUAUUGCUCUAUAUAUCUAUCUAUUUAUACUGUAUUAUCUGCAGACUUUCCAUCAGAGCUAACUUGUUUUACCACCUGCAAAAGAGAGAGAGCUACACAUCUGCAGAGAAACUGAAUGUUGCUGACCACGAUGGAGGUCCUAACGCAGAAACACAGUGGAUCUUUUUUCCUUCUUCCUUGGGGUACUCCCCAACAAAACAGACUUUGUUUUACACACCUGUGCGACUUAUAUUCUUAUAUUCCAGAUUUUGAGGUAGAGAAAUAUCAAGUUUGUCCUCCAGUUGAACCUUUAAUUGAUAUCUGGCCUGUCUGAUGUUGGGGACGUGGUGCAUCAUAAUGUGAUCAUGAACCUCCUCCAUGUGCCUGAUUAAGAAAUUCUGCUCUAAUUGAACUUACUCUGCUUACCAGGCAGUCACAGGGUAUAUAUUUUCCGCCAUCCAAUAAAAUCUUUUGUGCACCAGGAUAGACUGAAAAAGUUAUAUAAAAAUGACACUGAUGCUCUUUAAUUGACGAGAGAUAAUCUCUCCUACCGCAAAACAAAAACAUGUUAAAUCAAAGUCAUGAGGAAGAACUGAUGGAUUGAAUUGAAUCAGCUGAAAUAAAUAAAGGUAUAUCAAUUUACAUGCAAGCCAAUCUAGAGUUUCUCCAGUGCUAACGUGAACCUUUUAAAUGGUCCAUUCUUAAACCUCUUGCACGCAGAGUUUGUUUGUUUGGGUUUGAGCCCAACUAAUUGUUUACCUCCUGUAUUGGCCGGCUUAAAAUUAACCGUUUAAUUGAUCCAAUCGAAUUCAAAUCAGUUGAUUAAAAGAAGAAAAGGAUCACUCUUUCCAAGGAGGAACACAGAGCUAAAUGAAAUGGUUCCUCCUCUGUCUGUCUUUGAGAAGCGAUACGAGAAGAGGGAAGAUGACCACGGCUCCUUGACUGUCAGAGAGGCCGAGCUAAAUUGGUCCGCGUGUAUCUGAGAGCUGGUCUGUUUUAGAGCCUCUGCUGGGAUUCCUCCAGCAAGCUAGAGGGGGCAGCCCUCCUUUCCUUGGCGGGUAUUUUUAGAAUAAGACUGGCCUGGGGGACCCUAACUCAGCAUACAUGCAACAAGAUGAGAGAGACGGCGCUAAUGCUGCUCGAGCAAAGGUGGCAUCUUCGAGUUCGUCUGCAGAUGCAGGCUACGUGGGCGUAUAUUUGAUGCGCACAACUAUAUCCCAGUGUUUGUUUAAUGCGUCUCAGUCUUGGUUCGAGUAAGACUCUCAGAGUAGACAACUCGGUGUGUAGAGCUGAUCUCAGUCAACCUUGUAUUCCUUUUUGCUGAUGCAGUUACUCGUCUUCUCAGGACUGCUUAUGUUUAUUGAGUCCAUGUGACAGACAGAAGACAGUUUCAUAAAUAACCUGAGUCAGGGUUUUUUUUUUUCUGCUGCUCUUGGUUAUGGCACAGUGGUCUGUUUAGUGUUGAUAAAAACUAUAGGAGUCCAGAAUAAGAAUAAUAGUUUUUUUUCCUAACAUGAGCCUGUUUUACAUGUGCUCUGCCCCUAAAAUUCCCCAGAGUUGUUUGGUUGAUCAUCCUUUGCGGUGUAAAGUCUACCUUGUCAGUGGACAAAGGGGUAGAUGAUGAGACUUGGGAGGCAGGACGUGACAUCCAAAGCAUCUUACAAAAACCUGCAGCGAAACAUUUACAACAUGAUUAAUAAAAAAACAAACCUGCACUUUGACGUCAGUUUUUACAUCAAUGCAGUCCACGAACAGUAGAAGCAGAGAUAUCUAUGCUGUUUUGUCUUUACGUUAAUUCUCCCUCUCCAGCCCAGGAUGAUUGUAUUUGCACAGUUAGUUGUUGUUUUGUUGGUUCACAGUUCACUCUGGUUGCGUGACCUACACGUCACCAAACUUGCCCACCUGCUCUUGGGUAUUUUUCCGACUAUUUUGUGCUGUGUUCUUAUUGGUUUACCCCACAUUCAUGCAGAAAAAAGUUGAAGUGAAGUCACACAUGCUGAUGAAAAUUUCUUAAAGUUUCCAGGCGUUUUGGGCAUAUGUGAACACAGCUUUAAUGUAAAAUGCAGGAAACAAUGUUUAAUGUGUGUUGGGAAUUACUCCAGAAUCCAUGAGUCACUCCUAGCAAGUUUCCAAAAAGGACAGAGAUCUGAAGCGUCUUUCUGGGUGAAGAUUCACUGUAUAGUUUCACACACAAUCCACAAUGUGCAGUUUCUCUGCAACUGUGUAGCUCCUCUUGUUGCCUAGUUCCUGUAUUUGUGAGGUAUGGAUAGACCAAAUGUCUGUGCGCCACUGUAGCACAUGAAGACUCCUCUCUUUGCAUUUUAUACUGGCAUAUUGGUCACACUGAUGUAUAGGAUGUAGUUAAGUUUUCAGAUCACAUUGCAAGUGUGUCUGAUGUCCAAAUUUCCCAGUAUGUUAUAUCAUCACAUACAGUACACUCUGUCUGGCAGAGAACACUUGUACUAAGAGCUUACGUUACUCUCAGCGCUGUCUGCACCACAUAUAGCAGAGCAUCACAGCUGAGUAGAAGACGCUCGCAGUAGAGGUAUGAUGAUCAUACACCGUCUUACAGUUAGCCGUUUAUUCAAGAAAGUUGACUUUGGACUACUUUUUCAGCACACAACUGAGAGGAGCGUCUGUGGUCUGAGGAUGUUGACCAGCUUAAUUGAUGGCGCUUAUCCAACACUUUCUGGCAACAACUGCAUUUACAUGCCUUCAUUCCUCACUCAGUCAAAACAACAAAAUGAUCAUUUCAUCUCAAAAAGUGGACUUGCAUGAUGGCAGUAAAUUAAACAUACAAAGUCACAAUCUAUAAAGACAGAAAUACAAGAAAAAUAGUCUGAAUUCUAAAAAAAACAAACAUCUAAAUUCCGAAAGUAGGGUUGGAAUUCUAAGAUUAAAGUCAGAAGUCUGAGAAAAUAAUCAGAACUCUAAGAAAAAAAAUAUAAAUUCUGAGAUUAAAGUCAGAAUUCCGACAUUUCUUUCAAAUUCUAACUUUAAUCUCAGAAUUUCGUCACUACUUUCAGAAUUCUGACUUUUUUCUCGGAAUUCUGACUUCAGUCGCAAAAUUCUGACAUUUCUUUCAGACUGUGACUUUAAUCUCAGAAUUCUGACAUUUCUGUCAGACUCUUAACUUUAAUCUCAGAAUUCCAACUUUCUUUCAGACUCUGACUUUAAUCUCAGAAUUCCGACACUGCUUUCAGAAUUCUGACUUUUUUCUCACAAUUCUGUCUUUUUUUUCAGAAUUCUGACUUCAAUCUCAGAAUUCUGACUUUUUUUCUGAGAAUUUUUUUUAUAAAUAAAAAAAAUUAUAAAAAAUUUGAGUGAGAAUUUUACUUUAAUCUUAAAAUUCAGACUUUUUUUUGUAAUAAAUAAAAAAUUAUAUAUUAGGCCUUUUUUUCCAGAGGUCCUAAUCCUCUUCCAUAAUAAUGUCAUUGCCAGUCACGGGAAAAAAAUUCACAUGAUGCAUCUGUGAUGUGAAUUUAUGGUGUUAUUAUUGAGUUUACAAUGCAAGUGAACCGCAGCAUUAAAAGCAUCAUCUGUUAUUAUUAUUGGCUUACAAAACAAUAUCAUGUAAAGUUAUGUGAAAACAGUCGCCGCCCACUCUCAGACAAAUUGCACAAAGAAAUAUCAGACGGUGCUGCUGACUCUGUGCCUGCUGCGACAAAAGGUUUUUCAGGUUUGAAGGAAUGUCUUUGUGAUCCACCUGAGCUGAAAACAACGCCCCACUCAUCAUCAUCACCGUCAUCAUCAUCAUCAUCAUAGCAUGUUAGCUUUAGCUGGGUGGAGCCACUCUCAAUCUGGUCCUGCUAUGCUUGUUAUCUUGGUAAGUGCUGGGUGUGAAGGGGUGCUGAAUGGAGGCUGUGUGCACUUUGAAACAACAACCAAGCUGCAGGGAGUCAAAGAACACUUGAAUACUGAACUUCUUGGACAUUUCUCUUGUACCCACAGCCAUCAGACUUGAUAAUUCGUCUGUAAAUAGUAGAUGACUUGGGACAGGACACAUCAGAUUAGACAAUUGAAUUUUCCUUCGAGGAUCAAUAAAGUUCUGAGCUGAAAACUGAUAGUUUUUCUUUUUCAACUUGGAGUCGAUGUCAAAUCAGCAUCAUAACUUAACUCAUUUGAUCUCAUUUGAUACACUGUGUACUUAAAAAAAAAAGAUCAGGCUGCAAAAGACAUCAAGUUUGUUUUUGUUUUUUUUUGUGCAUGGAAAGGAUGUCAAAAAUGGAGAUCAUGCUUAAAGAUCAUACUAAAGCAGGAUCAGUCCAUGAUUGAACAGCUAAUACUCUCAAAGGAUUUGAAGGGGAGGCUCAAACUCGGCUUCUUCUCGCUCAUUAGGAAGUCUAUUUGAACAUUUUCUUGCUUUCUUGGAGCUCAGCUAUCCGAAAUGUCGAGUUUAUUUCAGUCACAACAUCGGCGCAGGGUGUGGAAUCCUGUUACUCAUCUGUUUAGAUAAGGCUUCAGCUGUUUUAACAAAAGGUGUUGUUGUUUUGACUGGAUAGUUGGCGCUAAUAGCUUUCAGCCAGGUGUCACCUCGGUUAACUCAGUUGCUGAACUUUAAGCUAAUGGACGGUUUGUAUUGUCUUGUCAUUUUACGGAUCUGAGAUGUCUGUGCUCUAAUUAUUUUGGGUGGUUUUGUCGGCUUAAUUACAACAAUGAGUGUCAAGAUUGAAAAAAAUUGUCUCGUUUGGUUCUUGUUGUUCAACUUUUGCUUUCCAGUUUCAGACAUUCGUGAGCGAGCCGUAAGUUCGCUUCGUCCCUCGUGUUUUCCUCAGUUUUUACAGUUACAGUCUGGUUCUGUGGGAAAUUCUCUGGUGAAUUUGCUGAUUUUGUAGUCGGAUUCGCCUCGGGCUCUGACUGUAUAGCUUUGACUACAUGGUAUAUACAUCCUCUGCUACCCUCUUGGCUAAAUACUAUCACCCCUGGCGACGACUUGAACCCUAAAAAACAUUUCUGACUAACCUUUGGGGGAUGUGCCGUUGGCUUGACUCAUGAAAACCUUUUUGGCUCAUGGAGGAGUUUUCAAUAUUAAGAUCAACUCUUGAUGCAUAACCUCUGAUGGUGCAGCGGGACAAAUCAGUAGACCUCAGCUGUGGCGAGGCUGUUAUGUCUAACCAGGUAUCAUGGGACGUAUUUUUCUCCGGCUCCCAGCCUAAUUGUGCUGAAUCGAAUUUUCUGUGCUUCUGACUUGGCUUCGAGUUUUGUUUUUGACAUGAUAUGACUUUAAAAGCUGGAUAAUGCUGAUGGUUAAGGAUCUAAUUUGGAGCGGGCUCCGUCACAAGAUAAAGAGCUAACUUCUGGUCUCCUGAUACACUAUGACCUGAGUUUGCAUGAAAGAAUAUGGAGUUUCUGUCUGAGUCAGCUGUUCAGAAAAGAUAAUUCAUGUGGUUUGGCUUGUUGUUUCUGUAGGAAUAUUUAGAAAAGAUACUGAUCUUCAUGAGUGUCUCAUGCAGAAUCUUGUGGUUAAAGGUAGUUUUCUUAUUCCAGCCCGUAUAAUCAAAUAUUUCGGUGAGCUGUCUUUAUGUUACAUAAGGCUUCACAUCUAAAAAGAGCACAAACAUCACCAUAAAAAAAGAUCAGCAGAGCUUGUCUGACCACUGAGUUAAGAGAGACCACACUCUACUAUGAUCUUCAACCACAUAAAUCACCAGCAGCAGACAUACACUCUGAAAUGAACCCAGUUAUAAUUCAGCAGGGAUGUCCCAGUCAGCUUUUGAGUAUCUGCCAAUAACAAGUCUUGGUCCAGUGCUUGUAUUUGCCCAGAUAAUAGAGUCCAGCUUCUUCUUUAUGGUCUGUUUUACAUGUGUGGGAAUCAAUUCAGUGUGUGGUGAGGUUCAGCAAUGACAGGACAAAUGUCACAUCUCCAAAUGUCUGUUGUAAAAGAAACAACAGCCACAUCAUACAUUAAAUAACAUAGUUAAGAACUUUGCUGCACAGCUCGGGUAAGGCCGAGUCUGAAAUGUUGAGUUUAGACACCAGGACAUGCUGUGAGUGGAAGAGGGCACAGCAGUGAGCUGAGUGUCUAAAGUCGUGGUCGACUGAUAUCAGUCUUUAAACCGCCCAAGGCAGAUACAGAUAAUGAGAGAGCUGAUAUAUAAAGUAAAGAUGCACCGAUCCGCUUUUUUCACCUCUCUGAUACAGAUAUCUAGUUUAGCAUCAGACAAUACCGAUCCGAUUCCAAUACAGAAAAGCUGCUGAAUGACCUUUUGUUGUAACCUGAAGUUUUACCACCGCCGCUCAUAACAUUUACUGCGCAGGUAUUGCAAGUGGCCGUCAAGCAUGUAGGCUGAGGUAGUGUGAUAAAGUUCAAGAUAGCAGACCCUUUUGCUCGCUCCAUUUUGAAAAAAAAACAAAAAACGUGGGGAUCUGCUCAGCAUGUUUACUUGUGGAUGCCAUUCACGGUGCACAGCAUAGAGUUAGACUAAAAAGAUCGACCCCUUUGCACCGGGCCCUUUCUCACAAUAGCCGAUCCAGAAUUUUCUUCAGUAUCGGGACCGAUACCGAUAUCAAAUAUUGGAUCGGUGUAUAAGCUGACUCAAUACAGAUACUUGGUUCAAGUAAAUAUCACUGUAGAAAAGUCUUCUAGAUUUCUGUUCAACCAUCUUAAAAUUAAAAAAAAAAGUAAAAGGAAAGUGAGAAUCAAUAAAUCUAUUAUUACAUGCUUAUUGAAAUCUAAUGGUUAUUAUAGUCUGUAACAUGUUUUAGACAGAUAUUUAAUUAAUAUUGGGUUAUGCUGUAGGUUUCAAAACAUGGCUGAUAUUUAUAUUCAUGCAAUAUUAAGCUGCAUUAUUCUAGCAGAGUUAAUAUUGAACACUAACCAGUGGCGGUUUUAGGUUUAAUAUCGGCCUUGUGAGGAGGCCACUGCCAAUAUGAUGAUGAUGGUUAUUUCAAAAUGCCAUAAAUCGGUUGAUUAAUUAUACACAUUGAUCAGUCUACCUCUGCGUCCAAAGUGGUAAAAUUCUCCCACCAUUACUGUAAUAUUUUUGUUUUAUAAACUAGACGUACCAUGGUUUAUAUUAAUGACACAAACACACCUGUGCACAGCCGGCCAGAAUACAGCAACAAUGAUAACAUCUUCACUGCAGCCUAUGGAAACACUCGAGGAAAACAUGUUCAAAAAAAGGUACAAACACAUACCAAACCUAUGACAGUCUGCCACAGCAGUGAAAGCGCCUCUAUUGCUACCUCUUCAGUGUUGCACAAUAGCAUAGCUGUCUAGUUUGAAACAUUGGUACUGCUGACGUCUUGGUUACGGGGUCACUCAUACUAAGUUAGUCCCGCAUUUGAGUUCUGCUUCUGGAUUUGCGACAGCAGACGUAAGUGAUCGGAAUAAGACGACCAGCCAAAAUCGCCAGUUUCCAAUCAGAUAAAAAUCCCUCGAUCUUAUCUGAUAGUUGAGGCUGGGAUCGAAACAUGCCUAUUAUUUAGUUAAUCAGUCAGUGUGUGCAGAAGUAACCACAGUAAUAUAUCUUUGUUUUGCCCUCUGUCUCCUCAUCUGCCCUCUACUCUGGGUUUAAAUAAGGUUAAACUGCCCUGCCUCUUACUUUCUAGGCCAAAAACUCACUAUUGAAUUAGUCUAUUAACCGCCAGUGUCUAACUGAGUUGCAAACUAAUGUUGUUUAUUCAAGUUGUCCCUUUAAACUCUUGCUGCAAAAACAUCACAGGGCUGCUUCGUCUACUAGACAGCAGGUCAUAGAGUUGAACUUGAAAAAUGAGAUUCCCUGUAAUAUUUAUAUAAGCAGCUGAUUAUUGACGUUGUCUCUGAAAACUCUUCUGUUUAGUUUUCAUGUGAAGUUGUGCUGUGUUGGUGUGUGUCCAAACAAACAAAACAUGAACGCUCUUGUGUUUUUUCUCCGUCAGGUCCCUUCACAGAUGUAGUCACCACGAACCUCAAAUUGAAGAACCCGUCUGACAGAAGAGUGUGUUUCAAAGUGAAGACGACUGCACCGCGCAGGUACUGUGUACGACCAAACAGCGGUGUCAUCGAUGCAGGCGCAACCGUCAUUAUCUCGGGUAAGCUCUGAUUCAUUUACUGUGUCAUUUCUGUAAGAUCAGGAACUAAAAUUGUCGCUGACGUAGAGAUCGUGGGGAGGAAAAACAAAAGGGAGAUUAUGUCAGUAUGAUGGAGCAUGUUUUACUCGUAUGUCAACAAGGCACGCUGAGGUGUUAAAGCCUCAAGCUGUGAUUUCUGGAAGCAGAUUUUACCCAAACGUCAACACGGUCAGUCAUUGCCCAUUUGGCUCAGAGCACAAACUGGAGACAGAAAACAGAAACUGACCUGAGCCUGCUUUAGAUCAGGGCUGUGAAAACUACAGAGUCAUGCAGGUUUUUGCACUAAAUAAACACAUAUGUACUCAUUUUUGUUUUUAAUCACCCUGGUCAGUAAGCUGCUGGCUUUGAGUAUUGUUGUGCUGAUUACUGUCCGUUUUAGUAUUUAAAGGUUAAGGCAACAUAAGCUGCAUAUGAGAGACGAGGCUCAGGUGUAAAAUAGAAGAAAAAGUCUAAAACUUACUUGAAUAAUUUGCAAAUAUUUUAAUCAUUGCUCCUUUAAUGAAUUAAAGGGAUAUUCCGGCAUAAAAUUAAUUUAGGGUCAAACACACCGUAACACUAAGUUAGACACGAGAGAUGAAUGUUGCCGACCGCUUUCUUCUCUAGUUAUACCAACAGGAUAGCAAUACAGAGAGCCGCGCGCCACAGUACUAGCCACCAAACAUCAUUCUAGCUUUGCCUGAUUUCUUUAGCAAAGAGACUAAACACAACUCACCUACUCUCUUCCAGCAGCCGCUUGUUUGUACGGACACCUCCGGAUGAGUCCAUCGACUACAGUGGGGUGACGCAGCUCAAGGAAGAACAUUUAUGAUCAUUUCCUCAUGACUGAUACGCUAAGGCAGAAGAACUACUUUGUCUGCAGUGCAAAAUGAUUAAUAUGAUGAUUAUUACUUCAAAGAAAUGAUAAAGUAAUGAUCAUAAAUGUUCUUCCUUGAGCUGCGUCACCCCACUCUCUUCCAUACAAACAAGCGGCUGCUGGAAGAGAGUGGGUGAGCUGUGUUUAGUCUCUUUGCUAAAGAAAUUAGGCAAAGCUAAAAAGAUGUUUGGUGGCUCGUGCUGUGGCUGAGACCCUAAAUGUAUUGGUGUUACGGUGUGUUUGACCCUAACUUAAAUUUAUGCCGGAAUAUCCCUUCAAGUCUUAAAAUCCCCAAAUUCCUCCAAAGCCAAACACUUUCUCCAGACAAGCUUAAGCCCAGCCUAAACUGAUUCUGGAUCUGCUUUCAGGAGCUUAAUUCACUUCAAAUCUGCUUCUCUGUUACUCUGUUGUUCUGAAGCGACUCAUUUCCAAACUGACCACCGUGUCCUAACAGCAGCAGCAGAGUGAGAAAGUCUAUCGAGUCCAAAGGCAGGAAGUUAAAAAGAAAAACUCAAGCUGGUCCAAAAGCACAUCUGAUGAAACAAACACAGAACCAGCACUACGUUUGCACUUUUUGCACAGUUUUAGACACGUUAACACACAUUAUGCACGUGUUUGUAUGCUUUGCUAUUACAGAGUUAAAAACAUUGGUUCGUUUACAUUGUGGAAGGUGCAUCUUUUUCCUGCUGGUGUAGACGUAAACUUUCUAUCCUCAAGACAGAUCCCUUUAUACCUGCUACACCAGACAGUACCUGUAUCCAGAUUUAUCUCUAUACUGCAAACUGAGUGCAGCAGACCGUUUCUUUACAGCAGGGAAGGGUUUUAAGUAUCUGGCUGGAAGAAGCUCCAGAACUAUACCCGAUUAUUCAGACAGUAUCACAGCUGACGACGACAGCUGAGCUGGUUUGAUACGAUUCCAGUGAGUAAAACUAAAUUUGAUUUUCCAGUCAUAAAUCUUCAGAGAAAAUGAUGACAACUCUUUAGGUGGAAUUUUGGAGUUGGAAGAUGGAAAACAUGACUUCAGCCAGAUGGGUAAAAUUAGAUUAUCUGGAGAGCUAGUUAUAUUUGGAGAAAUGUGUUUUUUCAUUCUCUUAAUGGAGCGAAUUUCUGGGAUUAGUUCUGCUGAAUACUCGGGAACUCAUUUGUGUUUGCAUGUCAUGCUCCCAGUGAUUGACUCUUGCGUCAUCUCUCACUUACAGUCAUGCUACAGCCCUUUGACUACGACCCCAACGAGAAAAGUAAACACAAAUUCAUGGUGCAGACGAUUUUUGCCCCUCCAAAUGUUUCGGACAUGGAUUCGUUGGUGAGUACUUUUCUCUUUUUCUUUCAUUCACAUCUGAGCCGAUGUUUAGUAGGAGUUGUCCACCUGUCGGUAUUUUGACAACAAUAUUUCAUCCACAAGAUCUUUUUGAGGGCUGGACUCGAGGAUGAGCUUGAGAAUCCAGCUGCAUGUGCAAGAGAAAGAGAAACGAGAGGAGGAAAAGCAGAGAUUAUAAGUUGUAAAUCCAAAGCAGGAGGAGGCGGCCGUUUGCAAACUGAAGUUAUUUAAUAAAAUUAUAAGAAUAAUGAUGAUCACUAUUUAGGAAUACGGCGCAGCGGAAAUUUCAUACACAUAAAAGAAUUAAGUGUAACUCGAUUUCUAGACCCAUCUGGAUGCUGUGACAGAGGCUGAUUUAAAACAGAUUUUGAUGGUUUGUUUAUCAUUUAAACCACAAAUUUAGUUGAAAAUAAUGCAAAGACAACAUAUCACAUGAUUAAACUGGAAAAUAAUACCCCUAAACAUCUCUCAGUUUUUUAAAAUAAUUUGAAACAGGAGAGAGAGAGAGAGAGAGAGAGAGAGAGAGAGAGAGAGAGAGAGAGAGAGAGAGAGAGAGAGAGAGAGAGAGAGAGAGAGAGAGAGAGAGAGAGAGAGAGAGAGAGAGAGAGAGAGAGAGAGAGAGAGAGAGAGAGAGAGAGAGAGAGAGAGAGAGAGAGAGAGAGAGAGAGAGAGAGAGAGAGAGAGAGAGACUGCAUAAACGUGAUGUUUCUCAGCAUGAAAUCAAUGAUGAGUUUUUCAUCAUCUGCAGUGCAUAACAAUAAAAGAUUUAGUAAAAAGACAACAAAUCUAACAAAUAUUACGACUAAAAAAGGCAGUUUUAUGAAAAGUAAAAGCUCAUUUUAAGUUUAAGGCAGCAACAUGUUUAAAAAGUUCAGAUCAGGACAGUAAAAGACUGAAAAAGGACCUGAAGGAACAUCCCUCAUCUAAUACGAAUCAUUUGCAACAGGUUAGUAACAUGACUGAGGAUUAAAGGAGAGAGUGAGACUCUCUGAAGUGAGAGCAAAUAUUCCAGUCAUUUAAAGAUUUCCAAGAAUGAACAGAUUUGAUCAUCUACUGUAGAUAAAAUCAUUAAAAGAUGCAGACAAAGGGGAGCUGAUUGAAAACUGGUUGUCUGUGAUGUUGGCACUCUUAAGCAGAACUGCGUUAAAAACAGACAUGACUCUGCGGUGGAAAUCACUGCAUGGCUCCACGAACCCUUCCGAAAAACAAAGUUUGGGUUUUAAACGGUACGAAGCAAAGAGGAAAGCGUGUGCGAACAUGAUCCAGAGAGUCCAGCGGGAUCUCCCUGAGCCUGCUGAAGAUGAACAGAAGCAAAGUGGAAAAAUGUUCCUUUAGUUUGGACAUCAUGGAUACUUUUCUCCACAGUCAGAGGUGAAAUGUCCGGACUGCUUUGCACGGAUUUGAUUUGUCGCCUUUCCAGCUGAGAAUCAACCGCUUUUUUGAUUUUAGGUUUUGACCCACUGCAGUCAAGUAUUUCAUUCAAAAUAAAAACCACAAAAUUGUUUCAGAAAUAUAUAUAAUUAUCAAAAAAACACAUUUUCGAGCUUAGUUUUUGUGUUUGGAAAUUCCCAUUAAACAUUAAACUUACAGCUCAGCACUAGUAUCUGCUCCACCAGCAGUCGAAAGGCUGCGUAAGAUCCAGUCCUACAUUAUCUUGUGUAAGAAACCCGUUUCCUUUGGUCUGUGUGGGUCCCUACAGUGUUUGCCAUAUUACUCAGCCUGCCUCCACAAAAUAAACAAUCCAACCAGUCACAGUGUUGACAGGCAUGGAGACUGAAGACUCAUCCAUUUUAAUUCGGAUUAUUUUGAUGAAAUUAUUAAAGAAAGUAGGUCAAUCGAAUUCUCUAACGUAUUUUUAAUAUCCACAGGUUUACGUUUAUUUUAUGUGUCCAGCUGCAGAACACCAGGUUUAUUUUUGACUGGCUGCUUUUGUAACUACACCUCAGAGUUUGCCAUGUUGCCAUGUUAUAAAUAUUAAAGUAGUAAAGUUAUAAAGUAAAAGUGUAAAUAACAAGAUUUGAGGAUAUUCUUUCCUCUUUACGACUUACUUUUAAAAUCUGAAUUCCAGGAAGAUUUUAUGCUCUGGUGUCUUUUCAUAAUCUUUCAUUCUUGAUUUUAUUUUCUCUUAAUACUUUUAGCCCCAAUUGGAAAAAAAGGAAAUGAAUUCUCCUGUCCUCCACAAGAGGGCAGCACAGGCUCAUUCAGGCAGUAAAACAUGGACUCACCAUGUUUCAGUGUUUGUGAACUGACUUGUCUUGAGUCAGAAGAAUCCAGAAACAGUCAGACGGGUUCUCAACGAGAGCUUUGAAUGUUUUAACCUCUCUGUUUUUUUCCUAAUCAAACUAUUUGCUGUUCUGAGUCACAAAAGCCCCUUUUUAUUCACCAGUACCUCUUAUUAUUGAGUGACUGCUGUUUGUUUUGCCAAGUGUGAGCAUAUUAGACUUUGUGAAAUCUCAGUGAUGAGAUAAAAACGAGACAGGGGUUUUUUAAAUGUCUGUUCUGGAUCUGUGCAGGUUGAGUUCGUGUCUCAGUCCACAGAUUCAGGCUCAUGUGUUGCAUGUGAAUAUGAAGUAGGCUGUGUGCACAUGUGCUAACGGUUUGAGUUGAUGAAUAACACUCCCAUUUCUCAUCUCCACCAGUGGAAAGAUGCAAAACCCGAUGAUCUCAUGGACUCCAAGCUGAGAUGUGUCUUCGAACUGCCUUCUGAAAACGAUAAAGUGGUAAGAGGCUCUCCCGCACCUUCAGUAGAGUUUAAAAUCCAACCUUUAAAUGUCUUAUGUGCCCCUGAUAAUGAGCUGUUACCUUUCUUACUCGGCGUUCCCUCCAAACUGUCAGUUCACAAAGUUUUCACAAACUUGUGCAGAUGUUUCAGAUUGACUCAAUUAAAGCUUUUUACCGCUGGGUGAAGAAAUCAUCCCCAAACUCGUCAUCUUUGGCGUGUCAGUGGACUCGCGUUGCAGGGAGGACGUCAAUCUGCAUCAACGUGCAGCCAAAAUGAGAAAAUAAUGCGAAAGAGGCGAUAACAACGAAUCGGCGUGGCACAAUGAGGCCGUCUGAACACAAAAGAUGCUCAAAGGUGUUAAUCUAAGAGUCAUGAAGGUUUUAUUGUUUGCGUGUUGGAGCAAAAACAACCCCAGCCAGCCGUGCCUUUUUACUCUGCAUUUUGCAUUUUAACAGCUAACAUCGUCUUUGUUGUGUCGCUGCCUUCAUAAGCCCGAGUGCUUCAGUGUGAAUACCGAGUGCAGCUGCCGUGAAACCGUUUCAAGGUGAGAGAAGAGCUCUCGAAGCCGACAGCUCUGAAUGAUGACGGCGUUCGCUGCGUAGCUGGUUGAUCAAACCCAACGAGCGAAGCAUCAGAAACAGCUGUGUGCCAUCACUGAUGAAGCAGACAUGUGAGUGGUUGAAUGUUCCCACAGUCCACAUGAAGACACUGAGGAGGUAAAGCCCCUGAGUGUGGACCAAAUCCUCCCCAUAAUAAGCUGAAUGAAGUGAAAAUAGGAUUUCUGACGGGGCUUUUGUUCGGGAUUGUUCUCUAUAAUCGGAUGUCUCUGUGAACACUGGGAUCUUGUAUUAAUGAUCCCUCAGUGUAAUCAGGAUUUAGAUAAGCAUGCCGCCGGAUCGCCCUCACAGUUCAAGCAGCACCGCCACCACCGAGCUCGCCAGAUUUAGCUCAACGCUGUGGGUAUGCGGACCGCUGAGUCAGCGCAGUAUCCGCUCUCUGCUUUGGCAUGUGUAACAUGUAUGUAACGUGUAAUAUUUAAAGUAGGGAGUGUAGGAAGAGUGAUCUUAUAAUGUGGGAAUGCACAACAGGAGUUUAGACGAAGAUUUAUAACAUGUAGUGUUUUUGUUUAUUGUCGUAAAUGGACUCGUCACAUUUAUCACGAGUGUUUCCUUUCACCUCUCCAUCCUGUCCACAUGUUCAUAUUCAUUCACACGGAGGUACAGAAACUCAGGAGCUGCGAUCUAGUCCAGGCUGUUUCAUCAGGGCUGAGACGAUAUGCUUUUCUCCUGAUUCGAUUCUACUAAGAUUUUUUUGGAUGCCGAUUCGAUUUAAAUUGUGAUUCUACGAUAUUGUUGAUUUUUCUUGAUUUUUAGUCUGCGUUUUUAACAACAGUGAAACAGUUGAAUGAUUAUGAUUGUCUACUGACGAUUCCAGGAACCAUAUUUACCCCAAAAAUACACAUCACAUGUAAGCAGGGCUUGACACUAACUAACACAAUGAAAAUUGAUCAAAUAAUGUUUGUCUUAUUGGUCGACAUAAGUAAUAUAAUUUCAAAUCAAUUUUAGGUCAAUUGUUAACAUGUAAUGGAAGCUAUUGAAGAAAAUGUUCAAAAUUUUAGAGGACAAAUUAGGGAAAUAAAGAGGUGUGCCUUAUCGUCCGACCUUAGUACUAUUAUUUGAAAUCAAUUCUAGGUCAGUUGGUCACAUGACGUGGAGAGUGAGAAGACACCGGUAGAUCCGCAGUGAAUGUCCGUGGAAUAUCCAACCUAAAACUAACUUCACCGCAGUAUUUACAUUAAAAAAAAACAUUUGUUGCCUCGGCUGAUUUUUUUUUUAUGCCCUCAUGUGUCACUAAAUACAUUUUACAAUUCGCACACAUCUAUUUUUAGUCCCAAAUGCGAGUGAAAUGGUCGCACUGUUGAGCCUUGGUAAGGUUUAAGAUUUAUUCUUAAAUUCGACAAAAGAAAAAUCAAUUUAAAAAUUGUAAAGCAAAAAAUUACGAUACUUAUAUGUGAAUCGAUUUUUUUCUCCCGCCCCUAAUCGUUAUCAUGUGUGUUAGAGGAGCCAAGGAUCGGACAGCAAAGCAUGUCGAGACAGCGCAGAAGAGAGUCAAGAGCACUUGAACAUUUUUACACGGAGGAAAAUCUUAAAAAAAAAAAGUGCAUCAGGAAAAAAGAAAUCUCUCGAGACUCUUUUGUCCUUAUUAACGACAGAAAACAUCAGCAAAUAAAAGCCUCGUCUGAGUGUAAUUUAUGGUUAAAGAUGGAGUUCACACUCUAGAGUUGCACCAGCUGAGAUACUUUCAACAUCGGCUCCACUUACGUCAGAUAUUUUACUCCUCUCUUUGAGUAGCUGAUGAGUCCUCCAUAAAUCACCGGCUGCAUUUCUCCAUUUCUCAAUAUCAGACUCUCCUUAAAAAGGCGUCAGUACAGGAUGAAACCUCCAAAUAAUCCGAGCCUGAUGAGCUUAUAAAUAAAAUCCUGUUUAAGAAGAGGUAAUGACAUCACUUCCUGUCUGUGUAUUUAUUGUCAGCCCUAAACUACAAUCCAGUCUUUGAAUUUUCUGUACAAAGCCGUCCGUUCCCCCGUGCCGUCAUGUUGUCUGUCCCACAAACAAAGCCACAUCAAACAGGCCUUCUGGAGGGACGCAUUUCCUCCCUGGUCUCUUUGAUCCGGUCCUGCGAGCGUCUGGGACUCGGACAAGGCGGCCUUUCUUUUGGCUCAGUCCACCGUCUCGAGGCGAAACCUCCAUACUUAGCUCAAGGCAUGCUGGAUCUGACUUCAGCGGUUCUCUCCCUCUGUUUGUCGGGCAGAAUGACGUGGAGGCGACCAAAGCGGCCCCGGUGAUGAACUCCGCGAAGGCCGACCCGUCAGCAGCCUCGGUGCCUGUCACUGCCUCAGUGGACGAGUCGGAGAUGAAGAAGAUGAUGGAGAAGUGCAAGAGGCUGCAAGCUGAGAUGAACAAGCUGGCUGAGGAGAACAGGCAAUUAAAGGUCAGAGGUGUUAAUCGAUUUUAUUAUAUGAUGAAACGCCGUGUUUGUGAAAGAUUUACUACAGAGAAAAACAGAUUUUUUAAAGAGGAGAGUCAGUUUGACCUUCUCAGAGUCAGGGUGCAAACAGUGAAGCUUCUUUUUUAAAGGGAUGUUCCGGCGUAACAUUAAUUUAGUGUCAAACACACCGUAACACCGAGUUAGACAACCCCUCAAGAGAUGAAUGUUGCUGACCGCUUGCUUCUCUAGUUAAACCAACUUCAGUAACGACCACAGAUAGUAAUACAGAGAGCCACGCACUUAACCAAAACGCCACUCUAUAGCCACAAAUAAUGCUCAGAACAGCACCUAACUUCAUCAACAGUACAUAUAGGGUCCCAGCCAUAGUACUAGCCACCAAAAAUCUUUUCAACUUUGCCUAAUUUCUCCAGCAAAGCGACUAAACACAACUCACCUACUCUCCUCCAGCAACCGCUUGUUUGUAGUGGGACCUCGGGCCAGUCCAUUACAGAGUGCAGCGGGGUGACACAGCUCAAGGAAGAACAUUUCUUCAAAUAGUUGGUCAAGCAAAAUCUACUAAGUCUAUGAAUAUACUUUCUAGAUGAGAACUCGACCUUCUGAUGGUGUUUGCAACGUCAUAUCAGGCAAAUCUGGUGCACAGAUUAAGGAGUUUGAAGAAGUUUGAGCUGCAGUUUGAUGAAGCUGGAGCCCACAAGUCGGGGGAUUUCUUUCCUUUAAUCAGUUUUUAGGGUGUGGACGCUCAUUUAAAAAGAGUUCAAACUUGACACAUAUGUAACUUUCAUCUCCUCUUCCUCUGUUCCAGGAUGAAGGUGUUAGAAUGAGAAAGGUACCCCGCCCAGACCACAUGUCUUCAAACUCAACUAGCCUCCUCGGCCGAGAAGCCAGCACCGCCUCCCUGCCCUCCCUCCUCGUCGUCAUAGCAGCCAUCUUCAUCGGAUUCUUCCUAGGGAAGUUCAUCUUGUAGACUGGGAGAUGCAUGCCAGCCGUGUCCCCCCCCCUCCUCCCUCUCUCUCUCUCUCUCUCUCUCUCUCUCUCUCUCCCCCCUACUCAAUUCCCCCCCGUCUGACUCCGGAAUAAAAACAGGCCUGGAAAAACCGAGAAGUCUUUCUGUUGACUUUGCCAUAUCAUUGGUAGUGUGGCCUACAGUGAACACAUCUGUACAGCAUCAUUCAAAGGCGUCGCCUUUUUACAGUCUCACACGGUUAGUUCACACACAUGUACACACAGAGUCGAGAAAAGAAAGGCGACACGACAGUGAUUGCUCCCCUUUUCUUUUCUGUUGUUUUCUGUUUUUUUUUUUUGUUUGUUUGUUUGUUUUAUUUUCUUUUUUGUUGGCUGGAUUACACAGAUAUUAUGCCGGGACAAUGAAAGUUGUAUACUAUCACAGUGGAAGAUGCACCUAGAGUGAACCAUGGGCAAGAAGCAGUCAAAAGAUUAGAUAUUUCUCUCUCUUUCUCUCUCUCUCUCUCUUUCUCUCUCUCUCUCUGUUUUUAAUAGGAAUUGAAUGGAAUGUUAGGUGUCUUGUAAAUGUUGUUUUAAAUCCUUUUAAACACACAAAAAAAGGACAGAACUUCCAUCAUAACGACCUUGCUACCUGUCGCUGGAUUGCCUCUGAAGUCAGUUUGUUCAGUUUGUAAUUUCUACUUCUUGUCUUGGAAUGUUUCAGGUCCAGCUGGGGUUUAUAGGUGCCUCCUUCUUGUACAUUUCUGUCCUUUUCCUUUCCUUCACAACACCAAUGCAGACUCAACUUUAUAAUUAUUAUUAUUAUUAUUAAUUAUUGUCAUUAUUAUUAUUAUUAUACAGAUCAUAUAUUCCUUGAGGCAAAUAUUGACUGAAAUAAGGUCUCCAUUCUUAAAUCCUGUCCCAUGGUAUUAAGCAUUGAAAAAUAAAAUGAAAAAAUGUGGUUUCGAUA